CUUUCCUUGCGGAUGUUCAUAACUUUGGACUUGUUCUUGUUGGAUUGCAUGUUGUUUGAUGAUGGAUUCGAAGUCUAGUAAGGGUUUGAUGAAUGAGAUAGUGCUGUUAGGGCUUUGAUGACUCUCGUUGUCAGUGUUAUUCACUAAUUUGUUGCCAGCAACCUACUGGAACAAGCAUCAGAUAUAAAUUUAGUGCAAUUUUCUAUCAAAACCAAGCUUUCCAGGGAUAAAAGAUCCCUUUUUCACAACAUAACAUGCCUCGGGCAGCCGAUGCUAUCCAUGAUGAUGGAGGCUCUGUCAAGAUCGGUGCCACUGGCACAAUUGGCACCCUGAUGACUCGAGAAUUAGAAUCCCCAAAGCAUUCAGAACAAACUUCUUCCACUCGAAGAAAACAGCAUACAGUUCCUGUCUCCAUACCCUGUGGUGCUAAUCCUAGGAGAGCAUUGCAAAGGAGAAACCAAACAAAUGAACAUGGCAGUAUCCGAAGAAGUAGCGGUGGUAGCAAUUCUGAGCAAGCACAUUGUUCAAAUCAUGCACGACGAAAUGGACACCGAGCUCCAAUGCUAAGAUCCGAUGAUAAUCCUAUAAACCGAAAUAUGGACACCGAUAGGAUUGGAAAGAAAGCUUACACUGUGGAAAUAGUAGAUCUAAAAUGCAGCAAUCCCAUGAGCAGCCAGCUCAAGAAGCUCGGCUUCUCCAAGCUUUCUGUUUCCACCUCCUAGUCCUCAGACAGCUUCUUUCCAUCAGUCCUCAAGUUCCUGUAGCCAAUUCUAGCAAUCCUCUCAAUAAGGCUUGUGUCAGUGGCAUCCGUUGCAGAACAGAUACUGGGAAGGAAUCCUCCACUGGUUGCUGCUGCUGCUGCUGCUGCUGCUGCCUUCUUUUUCUUCUUGUGAGCUGCUCUACUUGGGCAUGGCUUUUGCUUACAGUUUCCGCUGGUGGAAGCCACAUCCGUGUUCACUUUGUGCUCUUUCUGGUUGGACACUUCACGGCCGUCUAGAUCUAGCCUCCUGAGAUACUCUAUCUCCUGCAAGAUCAAUGAUGCUAUUGUCCCUUGAGCACCAACCUCCACCGGUGAUGGUGCCGCAGCCAUUGCUUUGAGGAAAGAUUGGGUGGUCUUGGUGCUUGGUUUUAUGGAAUUAUGUGGAGGAUGAUGGCAGAGUAGCUACCAUGGAUUUGCUUUCUUGUGCUUUCCUGUCACGACUGCUUGUUAGGAAAAGAACAGGUGAGAUUGGCACUUGAUGGUGUCAUUUUCUGCUGGUAUCCUCAACUGCAAUGUAGAGAAUCGCUUAUCUAAGCUUGCUGUCAGUUCUUUUACUCGACAUUUAGGGAGUAUAUUACAUGCUGAAACAGCAUGGCAUUGAUUUGUUUCACUGCCUUUGGAUCCCUUCAUUCUGACUGUUUGCAUGAGAUAGAUUUGUCUACAUGUAGAAGAGGAUGUGGCACUUUUGUAUCUGUUAUCUGCUGCUGUGUCAGAAUCAACUGUGACUCUAUUAUAAAUCUUCAUGGAAAUUGAUUGAGAUGCUGUUGGUGAUGUAUAAGAACUUAGUGCUUGAUGUAAAGCUUAACAAAAUCUUGGUACAAACAGUGAGAAUGUGACAAGUUGGCCCACCUUUGGAGGUGAUUGGAUUCCUCCAAAGAUUUGUUAUCAUCUUCUUGCUUUCUCAAUCCAUUCAUCUGUUUACUGUCGAAUGCACUUUGUGGAAGACUUUAACAUAGACCUGGUUGACCUGGACAUACUGAACAUGAUCAACUACAGAGAUGAGGAGUACUGUCUAAAUUCUGAUAGUUCUGUUUAGAUGUAUUGCAACAUCUGAUACAAAUUCAUGAUCUGAUACAAUUUUGUGUCCAACUCUAGUGUUUGGGUUAGGUCUGAUACAAAUUCAACUGUUCUUGGAUGUACAACUAA